ACCCUCAUCCAGCGAUGUACAAGUUGAGGCGCACAUCCUCUCCAUAAACCAUACAGAGGUCACGAACCUCCGCGUGCCUACCCUCAUUCAGGCUAACCGCGAAAUGACGUAGGGGCUAUUGGUUUCAACACCUGCACUACUGAGACAGGUAGAUCUACGCCUAAUUUGGCCUGUGCCAACCAUAUUAGGGCUGUCUCCUAUCCAUCCUUUGGUUUCAUGCCUCCAUUCCUCCAAAGUGCAUCGCUUCUGUAUCGUGUCGCAGCCAUGACAUGCUCAGAUCCAAGAACGCCAGAGAUACUGCCAUAGCCGGAUGUGUCGAUGACAUCUUUGGCACGCGACACGUCUCGGUACCACAUGACUGGCAGCCUGAGCAUCUAGCAAAAGUCGUCUCCGAUAGACUCCCACGAUACGAUGCAUUCGUUGCUGCAACGCUUCAAGGGAGGGAAUGACGAACCUGAACCUCGACACCAAACACCUGACCCGCCUGUCAAGAGAAGCCGAGCAAAGGUCAGGCCUGCCCCUAAAGAUCCGAACAUCCCAAGAAAGCGUCUUCAGGUGAACCAGAAAUGCCUCUACGAGCGCCGAUUACCUGGGAAAGCGUACAUCUCUGCCCAUGUAAAUCGACUUCAACACGGCUAUUACAAGUCCAACGCACUUCACGAACCCACUAUCGACAACCUCUUCUUCGUUUCAGUGCACUUCGUCUUCCAUCCCCAUGAUCCGGAUUCGCACCGUUUCAAGAGCGCCGAAAUUGAGGUCACGGUUCAUGGCGAUAACGGCGACCCGAACGAGUCCCGAAAGCCAGGCGAUUCGCACCCGCGUAUCUUGAAGCACGCGCCAGAGCUAAUGUUUGGUGCCGUGUCGCCUGAGAACCUGCAGUGGAACUUUAGCUUGUCAAGCUCGCUAGGUGUGUCGCAGGCACCCGUGUCUGCUUCGCUGAACCCGAAAGCAGCUGUAAACAGCAGCUACAAAGUUUUCCACAUGAUGAGCAUCCAAGGAUCUGUUCGAUCGAAGAGAAGUUCAUGGGGACCAGAAUAUGAUGCUGAAGAUGCAAAAGCCGUUUGGACACUCACAGAGAACAUGCUCCAGAAAUCGGGAUUGCCACGCGAAUUUGACUUCGUGCUGCUAGUGCAGAAGCCAGAGGACCUCGAGAACAUAUACAUGUCUGUUGACCUUAACGCGGAUGUCGGAGCUUGGUACGGCACGUAUCCCCAGUGGUAUACCAAUCUGUCCAAGUAUCUGCCAAACCAAGACUGUAUGCUCAGCUUUGGGAACGACAUCGGGCAACGGUUUCUUCCGAGUCAUCCAAAGAAGGGUUACAAUUUCGCCAACCUGAUGCACGCGCUCGAUGAAUACGUGAUGAUGCCAGGAACCGUGUACCCAACUAGUGGUACGCGGCAAGGAGAGGUCAACAAUCCUAACUUGAUAGAAUAUCAACCGCCGGAAGACGUUAAAGCAAUUGAAGCUGCGUCGACAUCACCACAGCCUAAGCAGCCGAGUACGCCUUCGAACAAGAGCAAGUCACCUAGAGAUGCAAAUCAGCAGCAUCGCCAUAGCUGGGCGCCCGAGAACGUGAACGUGCGGGUCAUUCUAGAACAUCAGUUUCCACAAGGCUCUAAUCGGCGCCGCUUCUCGUACUCGCCUCUGGACAACUUGGAGCCUGUACGAUAUCCGUCAAUACGGCGGAGGAAGUCGCGGACAGGACUGAAAGAGUAUGGUGCAAAGCAGGCCUUGGAUGAAUUCGCCCAGGAUGGAAUAGAAGACAAGGGUGACAGGUCAAGCGGAGGAGACAGACUCAGUGGCUACACACUGAGGUGAUUGGCAGUGCGCAGAGUGUAUGUAGUGACCUCGUAACCACCAACAUACAUGCCAUAUUCCCACGUGAUAGUAUGUAAACGCCCGCCUCAUCAUUGUUCGCGAGAACAUGCAGUUCCCAAGACUCGGUUGUGUGGUAGAUCGCCACACUAGCGUCAGUUUUGACAGCUUUGGGAAUUGACAGCCACGCAACCUUCCAUCGCU